AUCUUUAGCGUUGGAGACCCAAAACUGCACUCCUGUGUCGUCACACAUGUGAACAUCUUCAAAAUGAUAGAAGGGCACAGUCCCGUAUUUCAGGCCUUUAUGGGCACCUUAUUUACAUGGGGACUUACCGCUGCUGGUGCUGGAUUGGUGUUUAUCUUCAGCAGUGGACAGAGAAAAGUUCUUGAUGGAAGUUUGGGCUUCGCUGCUGGGGUUAUGACUGCAGCAUCCUACUGGUCAUUGUUGGCACCAGCUAUUGAGAUGGCUCAAGACUCUGGCCAAUAUGGAGAGAAGGGAGAGUGGGCAUUUGUACCAGUGGCUAUUGGGUUUAUAUUAGGAGCAGCUUUUGUAUAUUAUGCAGAUCUUCUUAUGCCCUAUUUGGGUGUGGAAUCUCCUAACAUAGCCCUAGCUCUUGCCAGUGGACCAAAGUUCAGGAAAGAUGAUGAAGAAGCUGUGGAACCAGAGCAAAAUAACACUGAGCUUUAUCAGUUUAAAGAUGGCGCUGGUGAUCUCAGGAAGCCCACCCCAUCUUACCAAAGACGAAAAAGACCAACUGAAGAUGGCUUCACUAAUAGUAUAAGUGACAACAGCAGUAAAGAGGGCGAUGUCCAACAGACCAUCAACUGGAAGAGAAUAAUGCUGCUGAUCAUUGCAAUUACUGUUCACAACAUUCCAGAGGGUCUAGCCGUUGGGGUUGGAUUUGGUGCAAUAGGAAAAACUAAAUCUGCUACUUUUGAAAAUGCGAGGAAUCUUGCUAUAGGCAUUGGAAUACAGAAUUUUCCAGAAGGACUGGCGGUCAGUCUUCCACUAAGAGGAUCAGGGUUUUCAACAUUUAAGAGUUUUUGGUGGGGUCAGUUAAGUGGCAUGGUGGAGCCUAUAGCUGGGGUGUUAGGUGCUUUGGCUGUUGGAAUAGCUGAACCAAUCCUUCCUUACGCACUGGCGUUUGCUGCAGGGGCCAUGAUUUAUGUGGUGGCAGAUGAUAUCAUUCCAGAGGCACAAACAUGUGGUAAUGGGAAGCUGGCUUCCUGUGGAGUUAUCAUAGGCUUUGUAGUGAUGAUGGCAUUGGAUGUAGGACUUGGGUAGCUUAGACAAUAACGAAAUUAGGUCACCAUUUCGAAGAUGCCACUUAAGGCAAGACUAGAGAGGAGACAGUGUACAGAUUUUCUAUAGGUGGAGGUGGUAAUAGUAAGUAUUAUUUUAGUCAGAUUCUCUCCAUCAGGACAUUGAUCUCUUAAAUGAGAGGGAAAACAUAUUCUGUGGGAUCAUGUUCUGUUGUGAAUAAGGACAGUUUUGCACAAUCUGGAAGGGAUGGAAAAGACUGUGAUCAUUUCUGACUAUUGACAUCAAAUAUGAGACUGGCUAUGUUUUAGUCUGUGGAAUUAUAAGUCAUAUGAACAUUCUCUGAACAUUCUUUGAAGUCAAAAUGUUUUAUACAUUUUUCAUAUCAUCUUCAUUGCAAGAUGAGUGGGCUACUUUUAAUGCUCACCAUGGUAUCACCAAACUGAUUCAUUUGAUGAACUGUCAUUGAUUGCUAUAUCAGACACAAAUGUUGGGUUCAGUGUACACAAUUUCAGAUACUAAUAACUUAGACAGCAACAUCUGAAAAGUCAUAUUUCUUAACUUUUGUAAAAAUUGAAUAUGAAACAGGAUUAUGAUCCGGAUAUGCAGGUCAGUUGUAACCAUGUCCAACCUAAAUUCCUGUCUACCACCUUGUAUGGCCUUGAAGGUCAGAGACUUGCACUGAUAGUCCCACCCACCAUUAUUUCUUCACUGACAGCAUUAGAGGUUCUAGAUUUUGUAAUUUUGGUUUGUUUGCCUUUUGGUGCCCAGACAUAUGUCCUUGUGUUUCCUUACCAACUCAGAGACUAUAAAGUUAACAUAUCAAAAGUUGUUCCUGUGAAUUGUGUGGAUGAACUCUUUAAAAAAAGUUUUGAGUUUCAUUAUGUGUUCAGAGCUUUUGGGUUAUAGAUUAUUUUUCAUGAAGGUGCAGGUUAUGCAGAAAAUGAAAAUAUUUUUGAAAACACCUAUCCAGUCAUUAUUAGCCUUUGUAGGCUGACAAGAAAGUCAUGUUACCGAUAAGAAAAAUUGAGGUUCCUUCAAAUUUUUUCUUUUCUUUUUUGUUUACUUAUUGUUUAAUUAUUAGGUACAAUUAAAUAACACUAAUUUUGAGCUAAUCAGUGAAAGUGAACAUAUUUGCAGAUGGCCCCAGAAAAGGUCUUAAUACUGUUGUCUUUAUACUCUAACAUCACCCACACUGUAGUUUUGACAUUUCCUCCUCCCUUAAAUACAUUUUUAAAAACCCCGACCAACCUUAAAAUUUAGAUGCCAUGCUCAUUUAACAUUAUAUAUUUAUAAAACAAAGAUAAAUGCCAUCUACUCCUGUUAAAGGAAAGUUAAUGAAGUUAUCACUUUAGUAUGGCCUCGUGAAAAAAUAUUGAUAGGUGUGAUAGAUCCCAGUCAAAGAUUGGUGAAUCAUUGUCAUUCUUUGUCAGUGGGAGGAAUGUGGUGAAAAUGUUGAUUCUAACAGUAGGCAGUGGCAUUUAGUGCAAGACUCUGAAACCCUGGUUUCAUUGGUACUGAGUGGGCUUCGAAGUGCCCGAGAAUAGUCUUGUGAUGGUUAAAUUGGUUGCAGAUAUGUUUGUCUCAGAAUUAUGCUUAACCGCACAAGAAAAUGUUUUUCUGAAAUAUAGAUACUUAUUCGAAAUGAUAUAUAAUAAAAGAUACCAGUUGAAUAGUAAGAUGCUAAUUAAAAUGGUUAUACAGUCAAGAAAGAUAAUAUUUGUACAUUUGUCUAUGUUCAUGAUUUGAAUUUGGCAUCUCUGGCAGUUCAUGCGUUUAUCUAUAAUUUUACCAAUUUUACCAUUGUGAAAUAAAAGAUGCUGAUUUUAGAAAA